AAAGUUCUUUAAUCAAAGAUCACAUGCCCAAACUUAUACAGGUUAGUCCUCUUCCCGCAUCCACAGACAGAGGCAUAUCCACAAAAUGGAGAAGAAAAGCAAAGCCAAUAGUGUGCAUUGCGUGGUCUUAGCAUAUCCAGCUCAAGGUCACACCAACCCCAUGCUUCAAUUCUCCAAGCUUUUGCAGCAAGAAGGUGUGAGAGUAACAUUUGUCAGCACCCUUUUCUAUUGCAACAACUUGCAGAAACUGCCAACUGGCAUUUCACAUGAAACAAUUUCUGAUGGUUUUGACGGUGGAAGGAUUGGAGAAGCUAAAAGCUUCAGGGUCUACUUGGAUCGCUUUUGGAAAAUAGGGCCAAAGACUCUUGUUGAGCUUCUUGAGAAGCUUAUGAGAUCAGGGUACCCUGUUGAUUGUCUUAUUUAUGAUUCAUUCAUGCCUUGGGCACUAGAAGUUGCAAAGAGAUUUGGGAUUGUUGGGGUUCCUUUUCUCACUCAAAAUUUGGCUGUGAAUAGUAUAUAUUAUCAUGUCCACUUGGGAAAGUUGCAAGUUCCCCUCACAAAUCAAGAGAUUUCCCUACCUGCUCUUCCCCAACUUCAACUUGGGGACAUGCCUUCUUUCUUCUUUAACUAUCUUCAAGAUCCUGCUUUUCUUGAUUUCUUAGUAGCCCAGUUUUCUAACAUUGACAAAGCUGAUUGGAUCCUCUGUAAUUCCUUCUACGAGCUGGAGAAAGAGGUGGCUGAUUGGACGAUGAAGAUCUGGCCUAAAUUUAGGACCAUAGGACCAUCCAUUCCAUUCAUAAAUCUAGAAAACCAAACCCAAGAUGGUGAAGACUAUGGUAUUGCACAAUUCACAAGUGAAGAAUGCAUGAAAUGGUUAGAUGAUAAACCAAGAGAGUUCGUUGUUUACGUUUCUUUCGGGAGUAUGGCAGAGCUUAGUGAGGAACAAAUAGAGGAAUUAGCUUAUGGUUUAAGAGACAGUGGAAGUUACUUCUUGUGGGUGGUUAGGGCCUCUGAAGAGACUAAGCUUCCUAAAGGCUUUGAGAAGAAUUCAGAGAAAGGGUUGGUAGUAACAUGGUGCUCCCAGCUAAAAGUUUUAGGCCAUGAGGCCAUAGGGUGCUUUGUAACACAUUGUGGUUGGAACUCUACAUUGGAAGCUUUGAGUUUGGGAGUUCCAAUGGUUGCAAUGCCACAAGAGGCAGAUCAAAGCACUAAUGCUAAGCAUGUUGAAGAUGUUUGGAAGGUGGGAAUCAAAGCUCUAGUUGAUGGAAAACAUGUUGUGAGACGAGAAGUGUUGAAGCAUUGUGUUAGGGAAGUAUUGGAGAGUGAAGGAGGCAAAGAGAUGAAGAGAAAUGCCAUGCAUUGGAGGACUUUGGCUGCAAACGCUGUUGGUAAUGGUGGAAGUUCUCAUGCAAAUAUUAAUGAAUUUGUAAAUAGCGUGCAAUCCGAAUGCACUCAAUGUUAAAUUACUUGCUACACCUUCGGAUUGUGAUAAUAGGUGUUUGUUUGAUUGGAAGAAAAUAUUUUUAACUCUCAUAAAAAUUUAAAAAUA